GGGAAGCGGUGGAGCGCGGCGCAGCGGCGCGGCGGGCCCGGGACGCCGGCGCUUCAGCGCGGGGCCAUGAGGCAGCUGCCGUACUUCUGCCGCGGGGAGGUGGUGAAGGGCUUCGGCAGGGGCUCCAAGGAACUGGGCAUCCCCACCGCUAACUUUUCUGAGCAAGUAGUUGAAAGCUUUCCAUCUGAUAUCCCUACUGGUAUAUACUAUGGAUGGGCCUGUGUUGGAAAUGGAGAUGUGCAUAAAAUGGUUUUGAGCAUAGGAUGGAAUCCCUUCUAUAAGAAUAUUAAGAAAUCAGUGGAAACACACAUUAUCCACACCUUCAAAGAAGACUUUUAUGGAGAAAUUCUUAGUAUAGUCAUAACUGGAUACAUUCGACCAGAAAAAAACUUUGAUUCCUUAGAUGCGCUCAUUUCAGCAAUUCAGGAAGAUAUUGAAGAGGCAAAAAGACAGCUAGAUCUACCAGAACAUCUUAAACUCAAAGAAGAUAACUUUUUUCAUCUGCCAGAAGGCAAAAUAGUAAACAACCGCUGAGAAAACCCAUACAGCCUUUCAGCCCUUUUUUUUUUUUUUUUUUUUUUAUAUUCCUUUUUCUUAUCUUCUCCCCUGUCAUGGAGCUUUUGUAUUUGCACUGCUCUCAUAGAUAGUUUUGUGUCAUAUGUCUGUUAGGUGGCUUGAGAUCAGAACCACUCAUACAAGAUGAUUUCAGUUUUCUUUGGUUAAGUCAUUAUUAGCCUAGUCAUACAAAAGAACUAGAAGGCUGUACUACAUUGUUAUAGAUAAACCAUAUAUCCUAAAGUUACCAGGUGUUUAGAGAUCUGAGCACAUUCAGAACAUGACCAAAGUUAAUUGUAACCCUAAGGUGGGAUUAGCUCAUUUAAUGAAGAAAGUCUGUUUUUAACAUAAUGUUCUUCCAGCUUCUUUUCCCAUUUUUUAUGUCAUUCUUAGAUCUGGGUUUUAGCUUAGAAGAUGUUGGUAUUGAUUGACUCAGAAAAUUCCUGUGGUUAGAUAUGACUGGACAAUAACAAUAGCAAGAUAUUUCCCUAUAGUUCUUGUUUUUUAUAUACCACACACCUGUUGUGGUUGAAGCUGUUAUUUUAAUUGAAAUUAUUUAUUUUAAGUUUAUUUGAAAUGGAAGAAAUUGCUGUUGCUCAUUGUGUUGCUAGAAUCUGAGCUAUACUUUUUCACACUUGACUGAACAUAUGAUAGCACGUGAUUUAAGUGUAGUUUAAUUCUGAAGAGGUAUUUCACAUAAUUUCAGGAAAUGAAUGAAGGGUGAAAACUUUAAGGUUCAGGUUCAAAAGAUGCAGAAACAAUAUAACAAGACUUCUGCUCAUUGCACUUUAAAGGAAAAUAGGUAGUGAGACACAAACUUACAUUUUAUGUGCUGCUAGUAUAUUGCAUAGGAAAAUCUUGAGGUUAUUCACUGCACUGGCAAUAAAAUGUCUGACUUCAAGGUUGGUAUUAUUGUAAGGCACAGAAAAAUCUCAACACUCUGCACUAAGUGCAGGUAAGAGCCAAGGUUUUGGCAGACCAAGUAGCUGAAUACACAAAUGAAGGGGGAUUUAUUGCAUAAUAUAUCAACACUAUAGUGAAUAUUGGUUAUUUUUUGCAAAUAGUUGCAGACAGUCUUACUCUGAAACGUGGGGAUACAAGUGAGGGUUGGGCUAGAUGAUCUCUGAAGAUCCCUUGCAACCCUAACUAUUCUGUGAUAGAUAAGUGGGAGGAGUACUGUGAGAAUUGAUGGUAAUUAGAAAAAUAAUUUGCAAAUUAUUUAAUGUAUAAUUCAGUAUCUACUCAGAUAAUUUUUUCUAUCCCUUGGUUAAUUGGAGUAGGUUAGCUACAGUGACUGUCACAUUCAUAACUUUUUGACAUCACCCUCUGUGAUGACAAUAUGUCAGCUUUGAGAAUAUGUCUGGGACAUAUUCUGAAAUUCAAAGUAUUUCUUUAAAUAUGUCUCAGCUGUGAUUCUCUGUCUGAACUGCAAUGUUCAAUAAGGAACGCACAAUUUCUGUAGUGAAAUUUGAUUAAUUACUCCUUGUCCUAUACUAUUCUAAUCCUGUUUUUCAGUCUAGAACUUCAGAGAGUUUUAGCAAAGUAGCUGCUUGGGUCUUUGUGGCAGGUGCUGUCAAGAUGAUAGCUUCACUUCAUAUUGCUUUAAAUUCUAGCCAGUAUCAUGGGCUAUUAUUAGGGGAGAGGUCUUGAGGAAAUCAAGGGCUCCUGUUUGCUCUUUUGGACUUCAGGAGAAAACUUGAUUUUGCUUAAAUGAAUUGUUCACCAGUGCUGUUGAUAUCAGAGGCAGAUGCAGUACAUUUGGGAGAGGGGGACAUGGGACAUGAGAAAAUAUACUUUCUUUUUAAGGAGAAGAGGAAUAAUUUAGUGAGCUUUUUAUUUAUAACAUGUUAGAAACUGUGUUUCUAAAAAGUCUGUAGAAGAAUUGUUUUGGAAGAUUGAUGACUGGAAUUUUAAAAAGAAGAGUUGAAAGGAGAACUUUUUUUUGCUAAGAGUUUAUGCAUUCUUCAGAUUGUAGUAACGUUAAAAUCAUAUAUUUUACUACUCCUUUUAGAGAAUGAACAUAAGCCACACUAAUCAAUAGAGUAUGGUGUCAACAAUAGAUUGUUGUUCAUCAUGGUACUGUAGCUAAACACUCAUAGCUGCCUUUAAAAUUGAAUUUUUGCCAGUAAUGUUUUGGGUCUGUUGUGGAAACUAUGGUGCCUUAAGCUUGUUCUGAAUAAUACAUUUCUCUAUAUGCUAAUAAAUGCCACUAUCAAAAAUUCAAUUCAGCAUUUGGUUAUAGAACUGCUGUGCUAUGGAUAGAGAACAGUAGCAAAGGGAAAAUUUGAAAGACUUGAUUUGCUCUCAGAUCCUAGCUGAGGUAUGAUAUAUGGAUACACUGAACUAAGAAACUACUCUUUCUGUGUUUGUCUUCAAAGAAAGUGUGUUAGUACAUCCAUUUGGCUGAGUGUACCCAACCAUGUUAAUUAAGAGAAAAUGUUAUACAUUGCUCUUUAAGCUCAAUACAUAAUUCCUAGCACAGUAUAAACUUUAUGAAGGGUUAUAUUUUUGUAUUAUGUAGAAGUAGCUCUAUUUUGCUUGUUGCACUGUACUGUUACAAAAGGAACUGUAACUGACAAAGUUAUCCUUUUUGUCUUGGAUUUCCUUUCCUUUGCCACAGAGUUAGUUGUCUCAGUUUUAGGUAAAGCUUUUAUGGUGGUGACUGCCUUAUUUUGAACUUUUUAAUCUUCACAUGAUUUUGUAUUCCUCUUUGUUACUAAAGGUGCAAUGAUUAAAUCCCAAGUGGGUUCCACAGAGCUCUGUCAAAGUUACAGGGUGAUCAUGAGGUGUUUAGGAGUAUCUAACACACACACAGAAAAAUCCACUUAAGAAUUAUGGCUUAAAAAUGAGUCCUUCUCACAAAUAAUUCCUUUGUAAAGAUAAGUCUCAAGUGAUUAAAAGCUUUAAAGCUGUUUAUUAUAAAAAAAAAGUGAAGGAAUUAUUUUAAGGCUUAGCUCUUAGCCAGCUGACCAUACUGACAACAAAUAACACUACUUUUGUUCUUCACAGCCGGGGCAAUAAAGAGCAUCCUCUUCUCUAGUAUUAUGUAUCCAGCAAUGCUAAAAAAUUCCUUUGUUGCGUCCCUUUUAAGUGUAAUUUAAGGGACAGUUUAAAUGUCCCUUUAAAUUUUGUCCCACUGAGGGCUAUUUAUUCCCUUUGGCAUAGUUUGAAAGUGCUGAACUACUUUAAAAGAUAAGUGGAAAAUUUCAGUUGUAAAUGCUCUCUGCUUAUUUCAGUCCUCUGUAGCCCAAGAAGAUUGUAAAGAGGACAGAAGACGUGAUUUUUGCCAGUGUACUUCUAGACUGUAUUUCACUUUGCAAUAAAUUCAAACUCUCUGUUUGUGAUGAAACACUGUUUAAACCACUGGUUUUAGAUUAAUUAAGUGUUGAUGAUGUACAGAAUAUUUCUGGUUUUUUUUAAUACAAGUGAUAAAUACUGUGCUGAUACUUGGUGGAAGAAGUCAUGUCAUAAAUGCAGUUCUAUUGGGGAACGUACUACAAGAGUAUGACAAAAAACAUCAGCUUUGAGGAACACGGAAGCACCAGAUGAUACCAACAAGUGUGGGUACAAGAGCUACUGUAUUAUGAAUUGCUUUCCAACUAUAAUUCCAUUGUCAUAAACUACUGGCACCCAUCCCAGUGACAUUAGAUGAAUCUUGUGUGUUUUGGUUGUGAUUGGCAUGGUUCGUGGUAAAAGUGCAAGGGCACGCUUUGAGUGAAUGGUUGUAGUAGUUACAAUGCACUCCCAUAUAUAUUGGCAAAGGAUUUCCUCUCUAAAGUGUGGACAGAAAUAUGUUCUCCUAAAGCAGUGUGCAUCUGAAAGCCUAUGAAAUAGUCAGGUAAAGCUUUAGAAAUGCUUUUGGAAACCAUGUCCUUGUCAUGAUCUUUGUUGUCUGAAAUCUAGAGUUCAGCAUGCUAGGAAAGUGUUAAAUAUAGUGUAGUAAUUCUGGAAGAAAGGCAGCAUAGAAAAUUGAUAAAGUAGUAAGAAUUUCUCUAAAACACUGACUUCCCUCCAAUUCACACUCAUCUUCCUUGUCCCCAGAAGUCCAUUUUGAAAUAUAUAUUCAACUGUUGCUAUCCUAUCCCGUAUAUGCUAUAUCAUCAUCUUCAGUCUCAAUCACUUGAUGUUCUUGUAGCAGUUGCUUAAGAGUGAAGGAAAGGCUUUGGAUUGAUUUGCAGCCUCUCAUACCCUCCUCUAUUACAGCUGUGGCUUUGCCUUGCUUUAUUCUCCAGAUGCAUGUAGUGGUUCCAAGUAAAAGGAAAAGCCAAAUCAGCUGGUAAGAAAAUAAGUAGUUUGGAUUUUCCUCUCUGGUGGUAGAAUGGAUUAUAGUACACGGUCAUCUGAUAACCACAAUUUAAAAAACUGAAAUGUGAGGUCAAGUAGGACAAGUCUUUGUUUUAAAUGACCUUGUAGAAGUUUAGGUUAGAGUAUAAUUUUUAAUGUUUUGGAGGUACUGUCUUACUCUUCCAAUA